UAGUUUUUUUUAGUUUUUUAUUUGUAUUGGUAGUUUUAAACGCUAGAAAAAUAUCCUAAAAAUAUAACGAUCGAUGUCAAUUGUAUAUUACAAAUGGAUGUUAUAACUAUAGAUGUAAGACAUCUUUUAGAACGAAACGAAACGAAACGAAAUAAAGGUAAAGGGUAGAUAUACCUAUUUUUAUUUACAAAGGGUACAGUCUAUAAGGCAUAGGUCUUAAUGGGCCUUCAGUAAAGCUUUGGAAGGUGUUUAUGUUUUCCUCAUAGAGUUUAAUCAGUUUCGUUUACAUUUGUGACUUUGAAAGUAAGAUGACGCAACCAUUCUAGAAUUUAAGGUUAUUGUACUAGAAAAACAGGUAAUAAAUCGGGAAAAGUUCUUGUCAUGAUUUCUGUUCCUAGAAAUGUAUGGAAACACUUGUAGACAAUUAUAUUAAACAGCAGAGCUUUCCAAGACUACUCUUCGUAGGCAUCAUAGAUUGACAAUAAAACAUCCGAAGUUUUAAUGAACACAUUCCACGGGAAACAUCAAAUAAAUAUUUAUGAAUAGUGCCAAAAAGUCAGAUUUGAUUCAUUUUCCCGGUUAAAAUACCAAGAAGAUCCCAAUAAUAACACAAAUUCUAAAGAAAGCGGGACGAGAGGAUAAUUUAAUUAGGUCAGUGAGAUCGAUUUAGAAUUAAAAAAGCAAGUACGGUCUAAUGAAGAAAUAAUGUCAAGAACUCCCAAAUCUUCAACGAGAUUAAUUUGGAGUUAAUAUCUGCCGGUGAAACUAUGAAAGACAAUAAUAGCUCGGUGUACCGGGAGGGCAGCGCGCGAUGGUGCGGCGGCGGCAUGAGCCAGGUGCCCGAGGACACGGACGACGACCUGGAGGCCGGCUACAUCUCCAGCGACGAGUCCGCACAUGGAGUCGAUCUCGCGGAACGACUGAGGGUUAAACCCUCACCAGAUAUUUGGGAACUAGAUGAGAUCCGAUAUAAUUUAAGACAUCUUCCUCUCGCUGAGGAAAUAUCUGCAUUCGUUGAGAAUGGGGAAUAUGAGGAAGCAAUAAAAAUUGCUUCACAAACCGAGAAUGGAACAUUAACAGCUGCUUUAUGGGCGUGUUGGCUCGGAAGAAGUUCGUUAUUGUCUAGAUUGUUAAAGCUAGGCUUAGAACCUAAUAGAACUGACGAAGCAGGGAGGACGUGUCUUCAUUUAAGUUGUUUAGUAGGAAGCGAGGAAUGUGUCAGACUGUUACUAGAGUAUGGGGCAAAUCCAAACAUGUGGGACUCGGCCACUGAUAAAAAGGCUACGCCGCUGCACUGUGCCGCGAGCGCGAAGAGUUUAGCAUGCGUUAAGGUGCUAAUUGCCCGUGGAGCUGACGUCAACGCUGGUCUGAGUGAGCGCUCUCCUUUACAUUAUGCGGUACUUAGCGACGCGCCGGAAGUCGUGAGGGAGUUAUUGGAAUCGGGAGCGUGUCCUGAUACUCCACAGGUGUUUACGGAAACCCCUCUACAUGUUGCGGCAUCUCUUGGCUCUGCGUCAUGCACAAAGCUGUUGUUGGACGCAGGGGCUGAUGUGCGAGCAGCGUUGGGUGUCGGCCGGGCGACGGCAUUGCACCUCGCUGCUGAAGAUGGGCACGCUGAGUGCGCUCGACUACUUCUCGAUCACGGAGCGCGUAUUGAUUGGCCAAACAGUAGAGGGCAAACACCACUACACUUAGCCACGUUGGCGCAGUCGCUUGAAGUGGUGGAAUUGUUAGUGAACAAGCGAGCGGACGUUCGCGCUCGUGACUGUGACGGACGCACACCUUUGCAUGGAGCCAUCGUAAGGGGAGCCAGAGCAUGCGACGUCGCACGGCAGUUGCUGUCUGCUGGAGCUGAUCCCAAUGCACCCGACAGCUUUGGAUACACACCAUUACACAUAGCAGCUCUCAAUGAAUUUUCUGCCUGUGUAUUGUUACUGUUAGAUUAUGGUGGUGAUGUAACUCUGCGUACGAAUGGUGGUGUUUCGGCGCUCUCGUUUAUAGUGCGUCGGGUGCCCGAUGUCGUGCCUCGGUACUUGAGCAAAUUGGAUGAAGCUGUUCACAUCAGUGAACAUGAAUUGGGCGAUGUAGACUGUGAACUUGUCAUAGACUUCAGACCCUUAGUGCCUAGUUUGUUAAGAGGGGAAGCUGAACUGCUACUUGCUUUCAUCGAGGUAGGCCGAAAGGACGUUCUAAAGCAUCCAGUUGCGGAGACAUUCUUAUUCCUAAAAUGGCGAAGGAUAAGAAAGUUUUUCGUUUUGAGCUUCAUUUACCAUGCAUUGUUUAUAAGUCUUUAUAGCCUGUAUAUAUUACAGAUAUUUUUAUGUGAAGCAGAGACUUGCGACGUGCCCUCAUAUCUCCGACCAGUUCAAUAUCUGAUACUCUUACUGAACAUCUGCUUCUUGUCCAAAGAAAUAUUUCAGGCAUGUUUAGACUGGUCAGCCUACAUUAGACAAUGGGAAAAUUGGUUGCAAUGGUUGAUCAUAUUCGGAGUAUUUUUGUGUACGAUACCAAGUUGGGACAAUGGGGAGAUUAGACAUAACACUACAAAUUGGCAGCAUGACAUCGCAGCUAUUACGAUAUUUUUUUGUUGGUUAGAACUCAUGAUGAUCAUUGGAAGAUUUCCGACCUUUGGGCUAUAUGUGCAAAUGUUCACUACAGUGACGGUGAAUUUCGCGACUUUCCUACUGGCAUACUGUUGCUUGCUCAUAGCUUUUGGACUGGCGUUUAGCGUUCUCUUCAGCAACUAUGCUGCGUUCAAACUGCCUGCAAGUUUGGUCAAGACAGUUAUGAUGAUGUCAGGGGAACUGGAGUACGAGGACAUAUUCUAUAACAACAAGAACAACACGCACUAUCCUGUGACAGCUCAUGGCAUGUUCCUGAUAUUUGUGUUGCUCGUCACUGUUAUACUGACCAAUCUUCUGGUUGGUUUAGCCGUUAGCGAUAUUCAGGCAUUACAAGAGAGCGCGGGGCUGGACAGACUAGUACGUCAGACACAGUUGGUGGCACAUCUAGAGAGCAUGCUGUUCAGUUCCCUCCUGACGUGUGCACCAAAGCAGCUGCUCUCAGUAUUGCGCUGGGGCGCGCUCCUAACUGCUUCCCAUAUGCGUACCCUUACGAUACGCCCUAACGACCCAAGAGAGAGCAGAAUACCUAAAGACUUAAUAUCAUCAAUCUUCAAAAUGGUAGCGAGCCGUAAAGAUAUAAGAAAAACGAUAAACACAAACAACAAUUACGAAUUCAAAAUAAAGAAAUGUAAAGGAGAAGAGGAUAAACCGAAACCGGAACUAGUGAAAAGGAGGAGUAAUCUAUUCGACAGAUACUCUUUUGAGAGCCAACAUGUGGAGCGAAGAAAGAGAACCACGUCGGCGUCAAAUGCUGACAAGACGAGGCCGACAUCACUCAACAUCAACGCUAUUCAAGAAAUAUGCAUGGUAGACAUUAAAACACAACUGAUGGAAUUGACUAAGAGAAUAAACAAACUUAUAGAAAACACGGAAUCAAGAUUAAAUCAUAUUGAAAGUAAGCUGCAGCCUCCGUAAACAUUAUUGUAACCAUGUAAGAGUAAAUAUAAUCAGGGAUCAAUUUAUAAGUUUUUAUUAUUCUGUUAAGUUAGCCACUCUAAUUCUCCUUUUCUAAAAAAGUUUUAAUUUAUAUUAGAGUCAAAUCUUUUAUAUUUUUCUGUUAUGGGUUGAU